AUGACUGAUAUCCUAGAGCGCUUAGCUGAUAGACAAGGCUCUGGAUCGUUCAACCAACCUGGGGGUCAGGAAAAAGGAGAGGAUAGAGCCUUAGAGAAGUUCUUAAAGUUCAACCCACCUAAGUUUCUUGGAGAACCUGAUCCUGAAACAGCGGAGAAUUGGUUAGAGAGGAUGACCAAUAUAUUCACUGCUCUAGACUAUUCUGAGGAUAGAACUCAAACCUCUUGGACUUGGGAGAAUUUCACGAGUGAGUUUACUGAAAAGUUCCUGCCACCCUUGAUUCAAGAAAAGAGAGAGGAUGAAUUUAUCAAGUUGAAACAAGAAGCCCUUAGUGUGGUAGAGUAUGCAGGAAAAUUCACUAAGCUUUCUAAGUAUGCUCCUGAGCUAGUAGUCAAUGAACGGAAGAGAAUAAAGCGGUUCAUGCAGGGACUUAAUGUGAAAUUUCAGGAGGGAUUGGCAGCAGCCCAAAUUUCUACCUUUACUGAGCCUUUAGAGAAAGCGCAACAGGUAGAAAGUGCAAGAAUGCAAGUUAAAGACUUUCACAAUGGGAAGAGGAACUUUUCUAGUCAUACUUCUGGACAGACUAGUAAGAGUUGA